UACAUUUAUCAUCUGCACCGCUCAUGGUAAAUAUGAGAAUUGACACGUGUCUUCGUAUUCUGUUGCUAUUCAAUUUCUAUACAGUUACACCUAUGGAUUAUGAUAUUCCGGAAAAAUCCAAGCUCGACUUCAUCACUGAAAAACUGUCCCGAGCCGCUCGUCUGUUCUCCAGCAUUACUCUGUUCAACAAUCUUACAACUGGCCAUGUCGACGAGGAUGAUUUGAUUGCCGAACUUCUGAAUAUUGAGACUGGUAACCUUGAGGCUGUGGAAAAGUAUGAUAAAGCGAAAGCGGAUGUAUUUAUUAAACAAUUCAACGACACGAAAUCUAAGUUGGUUUAUUCGAGUGAUCAUUUCUAUUUUCUUUAUUGGAAUACAAUUCAAUUAAUAUGGAACAGCAUUAGCAAUUUGAGCAUGCACUCUGAAAAUAUCAGAUGGAACGAUAUAGCUGAUAUUUCUAACUGGAAUAUUGAAUGGUUCAAGGGUGGAAAUCCAAUGGAUUUAGUCAGAACAAUAAGGGAUAAAACUUCAUCGCUAGGUGAGAUUAAACCCCAAUUGAGGAAAUUGGCAUCCGCUCUCACAAAGGCGCCUACCAUAAAUACGCUGAAAAUGGCAAUUGCUACUAUGGAGAAGUUGAAACCAUUCUACAAGUUGGUCGAGAUUUCCGUACAUGUGAAGAAAGCAGCCGAAAUGCAUGACUAUUCAUUAUUCGAUGCUCAGUUUCGGAGCAAUGUCGAAGCCUUGGAGAGCUUGUUUUCUGCAACAACCCCCGAAAUCAAUGGAAUCAUCAGUGUGCUGAAUUCUCACUUCUCGCGUUCUCUACCGCCUCGUACAUCAACAUUUGGCUUCCUGGACGGAUUCAAAGAUUUCAAGCAACUUUUCAAGGAUACUGUUGAUACUUGGUUACUGGAUGUAGUUGGAUCUCACAAUAACCUCAGGAGUGUUCGGAAAUUGAUUCGGUUGAAAGAUGAGUUUCGGAGCAUUGACGACAAAUGGAUGAGUCUCAAUAAACAGGAGCAUUAUUUAUUCAUGCAUCGCAUUGCAAACAUUUCAUAUUGGCUUAGCGACUUUGGAAAUGUCUCCACUUUUGAUUCGCUUAUCAAAAAAACUACUAAAGCAUGUGGGUCAAUUAGGUAUGUCAAUUCAGAUAUUCCAAAUUUUGAAUACAAGCCGCGUUUUCCACAAAAACUUCAUUUGAUUGGAUAUAUAGUGCAAAUUAUAAAUAAUAAAAAUGGGAUUUUGGACAAAAUCGAUGAUAUUUCUGAUAAAAACUCCAGCGACUUCAAACAGAUUUCCGAAUUGAUUAUGAGCCUUCAACAUAAUUUUGAAGUACUGCGAAAUGGUGAUAUGGAUGGAGAACUUAUUGAAAUGAUGGAAUUUCAAAAUGUUGUACCUGAAAUUGUAUCGGGUACCAAAGGGAGAAGUCUCCUAUCUUGGCUGAAAUGUCAGAAGAACUUCAGUAUGGAAAGUGUCGGUUCAACCGCAAAGCUGUCAGUUGAAGUGUCCACCACCGACUAUGCAACUUUUGAAACCAGUUUUAAUGAAGUUGCAAAGGUAGUAGAUACGACAUCGGGGUCUGUGAAUAAUAUUCGCUCGCUUUUGAAAGAAAUUAAGAAUCAAACUACAUCUGAUCUCAGUAACUUGAAAAACUUGGGAAAAUACUCGAAAACAUUUGGAGAGGCUGUGAAAGCAUUGGUUUCUAUCAAAAAAGCAUUCGAUCACAAGGAUGAUUUUGAGAAGUUUAUUGAGAAAGGACUGGAGGUUAAAAAGAUAAUCGAAAAAUUAGGAGACUCCUACUACACACCACUCUUGAAGUCUUUCUCGGGAGACUUUGGACAUACAGUUCUCGAAAUCGCUACAUAUUUCUAUAAGGUCAACACGUGGGAGGAUCGAAUUGUUGACCCGAAAAAACUGAAGUUCCAUCAAUUUGGGGACUGGCUAGCAAAAUUGGCUAGUUUCGAAGACAUAGAUCUACAUUUGGAGAAUCGAUUGAUGCUAGGUUCAUGGUGUGCUAUUCCAAAAACACAGUACUCCGAAAACACAGAGUUGAAAGGAGCAUUGAAGGAAUUUGAAGAAGCGACAUUUGCACUGUCAAAGCUGGAUCUUAAAUUCUCCGUCUACAAGUCCUCCCUUCUCGCAAUGCCAAGAGUUAUGAGACAAAUUGAGAAAGUGCUUAAGAACGAGACAAUCGAAGUGCAACCAGAAUCUAUCAAGUCUGCAUAUCAUGGUCCAAAAGUUGUAUCCACUAUUUAUCACGAAUUGACCAUUUUCCUUAUCGCUUAUGCCGCUGGAAACCUAUUGAUUGGUGCGAUUUGGUGUUAUUGUGAGGAAGACUGCUUGAUCCAUGUAUUGAAACGUCGGUAUUAUAAUAAGUUCGAUUAAAGCUCUUGAAUGCUGAAGAAGACCCAAUAUUAAAUAUAAAGAGUCCUGAGUCAAGUUAACUUUGCUGUGAUGAAUAAACUUGAUUGAAAUUCUU